GUAGAUUCUGAACAUUCAAAACCUGAAAUAAAGACCUAUUGGAAAAAUGUUAUCCAUGAACAGAAAAAAACCAUAGCUAGUGAAAACGAAGAAGAAUCAGUUGAAGAAACUGUUAUUCAAGAAGAUAUUUUGCAUUCAAUUGCUGAAACCACUAAUACAUUCGGAAAUGUCGA